GACGUGAAGGAAUCUAGGAUCACAAAAAUGGCGUUCCGAGGCAACCUGCUGGUGGUGCUCGUGCUUGCCGCGUCGGCCAUCGCGACCGGCAAGUCGGCGAGGCUGGAGCUUGUCCCCGCCGCGCCGGGAGCGUCCAUGGCCGAGCGGGCGAUGGACGACCGGCACCGCCACACGUACAUCACCCAAAAGAUCGCAUCGGGCCGAGGCGGGAGCCGGCGGGUUGCGGCGGAGGUCGGUGCGUCCGCGGUCUCCUUGCCGGUGUCGUCGGGGGCGUACGCCGGCACGGGGCAGUACUUUGUCAAGUUCCUUGUGGGCACGCCAGCGCAGGAGUUCGCACUGGUGGCGGACACCGGCAGCGACCUCACCUGGGUCAAGUGCAAUGGUGCCGGCGGCGCCACCCCGCCGGGGCGCGUGUUCCGCCCCGCGGACUCCAAGUCGUGGGCGCCCAUCCCUUGCUCGUCGGACACGUGCAAGUUGGACGUGCCCUUCUCCCUCGCCAAUUGUUCCGCGCCCACCAGCCCCUGCGCCUAUGAUUACCGGUACAAGGAAGGCUCGGCGGGGGCGCGCGGCGUGGUGGGCACCGACUCCGCGACCAUCGCGCUGCCCGACGGCAAGAUGGUGCAGAUGCAGGACGUGGUCCUCGGUUGCUCCUCAACGCACGACGGGCAGAGCUUCCAGGCAGCGGACGGCGUGAUCAGCCUGGGGAACAGCAAGAUCUCCUUCGCGUCCCGCGCCGCCGCGCGCUACGGGGGCAGCUUCUCCUACUGCCUCGUCGACCACCUCGCCCCGCGCGACGCCACCGGGUACCUCGCCUUUGGCCCCGGGCCAGCUCCCAAGGACUCGACGCCGGCGGCCCAGACGCAGCUGCUGCUAGACCCCAAGAUGCCCUUCUACGGCGUCAAGGUUGAAGCCAUCCACGUGGCCGGCAAGGCGCUCGACAUCCCCGCCGAGGUGUGGGACGCCACGAAGAACGGCGGCACAAUCCUCGACUCCGGCACGACGCUGACGGUCCUGGCCACCCCGGCGUACAAGGCCGUGGUCGCGGCGCUGAGCACGCACCUGGCCGGGGUCCCCACGGUGGCCUUCCACCCGUUCGAGCACUGCUACAACUGGACGGCGCGCCGUCCGGGAGCGCCGGAGAUCCCGAAGCUGGCGGUUCAGUUCGCCGGGUCGGCGCGGCUGGAGCCGCCGGCGAAGAGCUACGUGAUCGACGUGAAACCGGGCGUGAAAUGCAUCGGCGUGCAGGAGGGCGAGUCGCCCGGGCUGUCCGUGAUCGGCAACAUCCUGCAGCAGGAGCACCUCUGGGAGUUCGACCUCAAGAACCGGCUGGUCAGGUUCAAGCAGUCGACCUGCACUCGAUGAUCGUACGUUGACCUUGCUGAUUUUGCGAAUUGCAAGAACCUUCGAGUGAAAAUGUAAAAACUUUCUGAGAUACAAAUUUUAGCGUAACGAAACCGUAAAAACG